GCUCGUAUACCUACAUAGUUACGUUUUACUUGCGUUCCGCGAUAAUCACAGAGAGUUUCGUCAAUCGAAUAUUUCAUUUCGUUAUCGGUAAAGCUUUUUCGAGUAUUAAUUUUCGGUGAGACGGUGUAUAACAACGAAACAUGGUGACUGCAUUGUUACCGUUGCUCCUGUCGACGGCCUAUUUCGGUGGCGACAGGAGCCGGCUGUUCGACCAAGACUUCGGAGUCGGUCUUCGCCCGGAGCAGCUGCUCCUCUCCCGCUACGACUACCCGCUUUCGGCUCGGGAUCGUGCCAUCUUCGACCUGUUCGACAACUCCAACUACCUCCGGAUGUUUCCCGAAGUCUUCCGUUCCUCGAUCACCGGGGGACUUUCGAAGGUCUACCGGGACAAGGACGACGGCAACUGGAAGGUGCUCAUUGACGUAAAGCAGUUCAAAGUAGAGGAAAUCGAGGUCAAAGUUAUCGAUAAUAACGUCGUCGUCACCGGCAAGCACGAGGAGAAACAGGAUGAGCACGGCUUGGUUUCGCGGCAGUUUGUACGGCGUUACGAAAUACCAAAGGACGUCGAGCCGGACACCAUCUCCUCGGAGAUAUCGUCGGACGGAGUUACAGAUUAUGGAGUUAAAGCACUUGGGGUAAAGUCCUUUGCCGAAUUCGUAUCAAAGUACCGGCGUCUUUCAAAGUUUGAAACCACUGCAAUCUUGCCCUACCCGGAGAAGAUGUCGUUCCUUCCUCUGCUCUACUCCAACUGGUGGGAAGAUCUCGAGAGGCCGCACCACGUGCGUGACCAAUAUUUCGGUUUGGGUUUGAACCCGGACCGUCUGGCCGUGAUUCCUCGAGACUUCUUCGACGACCCGAGACCUUCCCGUCAUCGUUUCAACAGUAGCCUCAGGCCCAGCAAUUAUGGCCACUACUACCGGCCCUGGUCCGAGUUAUUCAGGCGCAAUGAUGAAUCCGGUGUCUCAACUGUCAAGGCUGAUAAGGAUGCCUUCCAAGUCCAAUUGGAUUGCAUGCAAUUUGCCCCUGAUGAAAUCAACGUAAAGGUCGUUGACAAGUACAUCGUCGUCGAGGGAAAACACGAGGAGAAGCAAGACGAACACGGGUUCAUCUCACGAAAUUUCACCAGGAAGUACCUGGUCCCUAAUGAGUGCGAUAUAGAAAAAGCAGAGUCCAAACUCAGCUCAGACGGCGUCCUUACCAUCUGUGUUCCUCGCAAAGACAAGCCGGCAGUCGAGGGAGAGCGCGUUAUUAACAUCCAGCAUACCGGCAAGCCAGCCAUCAAAGAACAAGAAAAGAAAACUGAGGAAGAGAACAAAUGAAGCUUUUCUUCAUUAAUAUUGUUUUCCGUUAACAACAUUCAACUAAAACUAUUUAACAUAACUAAUCUUGUGAAACAAAGAUCAAAGUUACUUUUAUAUAUGAGUUAAUUUCGUUUGAUAAAAGUAAGUUGUGAUUCCAAGUAACUAAGUGUACUAAAUAUUUUAUUUUGUAAACUUAAAUAAAACAAGCAUUUUUUUAUA